CUCCAUAUUCUGGCAGCAGGCAAGCAGGCAGGGCAGCAGGAGACGAGGUGAAAGCAGCAGCAGCAGCAGAAGCAGAAAGAGGUGGUGGACGAGGUCUCUCGCUCUCCCCGCGUGCCGUCAUGCCGUCUGGCCCGACAAAGGGCCCUCUUCAUCCGUGCCGCUCCGCGCGGCCCUGACGAGGAGGCAGACCAACGGAUCCGAACCGGACAAUCGGACGCACCGGCGCAAACGAUCGGGGAGACGAGAGGGGCGAUCCGACCGGGGCGAUCCGACCGGCACGGCCGGCUCGGGGCCUGGCUUCUUCGUCACCAUGGCUGCCGCCGCAUUUCCCGGCCGGCGGUGGCUUUGGCGUUGACGAACGGGCUGAGACGCGAGGCGCCGCGUCGGCGUCGGCAUCGUCUUUUAAUCGCCGGCAGGGUGUGGCGGUGCCCGGCGAUCCACCGUCGCGAUGACGCUUUUGCCCCCGCACCGCCGCUGAGCAGCCGGCAUUGGUUCGGCCGGCGUCGUGGUUGCGGAGGGGUGUUGGCUGGGGUGGGGUGGGGUGGGGGGGGGGUGGGCAGGGGAACGAGACGUGGAAGUCCGAGAAUCGUCUCCGACCGAUCGUCGUUGGCGGCGGCGGCGACGACGGCGGCGGCGGCGGGUUGACGACGGCAGCGAGACGUCCGAGGGGGGCGCCGCGUCUCCGGCCGUCGCGUCGCGGCGCCAGCUCGCGGGGGGCGAGCGCGCCAGCAUGACGUGAGACGCGGCCCGGGCGACGGGCGGGAGAGGACGAGAGCGGGAGAGGACGAGAGCGGGCGAGCUGGAAGGGAGCCGAGAGAGGGAAGGAGCGGGUUGGCGGGUUGGCGGGGGGGCGGGGGGGUGGCGGCGGCGGCGACGCAGCCGUCACGGCGACAUGAAUGGCGCUAAAGAGGGCGAGACGUCCGGCGCUCACGAGGUGCUGGUGGUGGCGGCGGCGGCGGCCAUGGUGCCCGUCGGGUGGCAGCGCAAGGUGGAGUCGCACGCCGUCACCUACACCAGUCCCGGAGGCAGCGUGCUGUGCUCCAUGGAGGAGGUGAAGAGUUACCUGCUCGCUGACGGCACCUGCAAGUGUGGCCUGGAGUGCCCCCUCGUGCUGCACAAGGUGUUCAACUUUGAGCGCGGAGCUGCGGUGCGGCCGCGUUCGGCGGAGGACGUGAAGGCGGACGCCGACAUGACCAAGCUCUGCAACCACAAGCGGAAGAUAAUCGCCAUGGCAACGCUCCACAAGAGCAUGGAGACGGGAGGGCACCACCACCGCCACCACCAUCACCGCACCACGACCGCCACCGCCAUGGUGCUCUCCUCUGCUGGCGAGGGCGGCGUGCGUCCCGCGCCACGCAGCGCCGGGUCCGGCGCCCGCUCCGGCCGGGCCAAGCCGGGCACCGAGCUGCUCUUCCCCUCGUGCCUCUCCGCGCGCGCCAACUCCUUCCUUUCGCGGCUGCGCGCCGGCCACGGCGCCAACGCCGUGCGGCCGUGCGAGGCGGCGCCCGAGCCGCCCGUGCCCGCCGGCGCCCGGCCUCGGCUCGGCGGUUCCGAGUGGGCUCUCGGCGGCACGCCGGAGCCCCAGGACGCUUGCGCCGGCGGUGCCAGCGCCGGUUCGUCCGGGGGCCGCCAGCGAGUGGGGAGCGGCGAGCGUGGCCAGCGGUCCCCGUACUACGGCAGCCAAGGUAGCCUCAGCAGCGCCGCCUCCUCCAGCAGCUCGUGCUUCUUCGGCGAAGGCGCCACCUCGCCCUGCGCGGAGUCGGUUGGCAGCCCCGACGCCUACGGCAGCCGGUGCAGCCCGGGGUUCUGCCCCUCGGCGGCGGCGGCGGCGGCGGGAGGGCUGCUCCCCGCGGGCUGCCCGCCAGCGGCGGCGGCCGCCACGAGCCGCGCCGGCGCCGUGCCGCACUCGCCGACGCUCACGCCCAAGAGCCCGUUCGCCAAGAAGGCGGCGCCGUUCGGCCUCCCGCUGGCGGAGCACGCGGCGGCCGCGGCGGCGGCGGCCGCAGCGGCGGCCGCCGCGGCCCAUGGCUACUAUGGCGGCAAGCCGGCGUGCGCGCUGCGCCGCAGUCCUAUUGGCGGCACCGAGAAAGACCCGCUCGGCAUCCUGGAUCCCAUCCCGGCACGGCCCGCCAAUCCCGGCGGUGGCGCCGCUAUCAGCGGCGGCGCCAGCGGACAGUUCAUGAACCCCACGGCGUUUGCGCUGCCCUCGCCGCUCAACGCCACGCCAGUGGUUGUGCCGUUGCCUAGCAACCUGCCGCUGCCGACCGCCAUGAAGCACGGCGGCGGCGGCGGCGGCGGUGGCGCGGGAGGAGGGGGCGGUGGCGCCGGAUCGGGGGGCGGUCACGGUAACCAUCUCUUGGCACGGGCGGCGGCGGCGGCGGCGGUGGCGGCGGCGUCGUCGUCGAUGAUGAUGCCGACAUCCGCGUCUCAGCACCUUCACCACCACCAGCAGCACCACGUGGGCUCGCCGGACGGUUACCACGGCGCGGGGCCCGCGGGCUGCCGCGCCGACGCCUCGCCUCAGAGGCCGCGCUCCGGCUCGGGGUGCGUCGAGGGUGCCGGCGGUGCUGGCGGCACGCGGGGUCCGGCGGCCCGGUCGCCCCGGCUGAGCGGGGACACCAGCUACAAGGAGCUGGCGCCGUCCAUUCUCAUCGGUCUGCCUGGUGCGGCGGCAGUGGCGUCGCACUCGUACGCCAGCAACCACCACCAGCAGCAGCACCAGCAGCAGCAGGGAAAACAACAGCCGGGCCUCCUGGGCACACCGCUGUGCCAGGUGCUGAGUCAACAGAACCCGACCUCCUACCCGGCCAGCAGCCUCCUGUCGGCCGCCGCCAAGGCCCAGCUCGCCAACCAGGGCAAGCAGCCCGGCGGCACCGACCUCCCGAGCAAGCGCGGCGUCUUCCAGGGUGCCGGCAGCGUGCUGCUACCCGGCGGGGACGGCGCCGGCGGCCCCGUCGGCGCAGCGCCGUCCCUGCGCGAGCGGCUGAGCGGGGGUCACCACCGGCGCCACCGCGCGCCGCCGUCGUCGGGCCCCACCGCCGCCGACGUGCUGAGCAUGCUCCGCCAACAGGUGCCGCAGCAGCAGCAGCAGCAGCAGCCGGCGCAGCAGCUGAUGCACCAGCGGCAGCAGCAGCAGCAGCAGCAGCAGGCGCCGUCCGACGGGCGGGCCGGCUCGCCGCAGGUGCUGUGGCGCGGCGGGCUGCUUGGGAGCCACCCCAUGUCGCAGCUGCUGCAGAGCAUGAGCUCGCAACAGGCGAGCGCCGGUGGCGUGAGGGCGGCGGGCAACCAGCUGGCUCCGGCGGCGGCGGCGGCGGCGCCGGCGGCGGCAGCCGAGGUUGCCUCCCCGGACGACGCCGGCACUGCCGCUGCCGCGAAGGGUCACGGCUGGGACUUGGACGGUGCCGUCGCCGCCAGGGUGAGCGUGGACGAAUGCGGCGCCGGCAACGGGGUCGUUGAUGGCGCCGGCGGCGCGGUGGCGACCGCGCGGUCGAAGGGGGGAGCGAGCUCGCCCGGCCGAGCACAGGAGCGUUCCGUGGGCGUGAGCGGCGCUACCGCCAUUGCCACCGCCACCACGGCCGCCGCCGCCCAGGCCACCGGCGAGAACACCAGGACUCGCGGGCACGAGUGGAAGGACUCUGAGGAAGAGGUGGGGCUGGAUCUGUCCCUGCCGGAGUCGGGCGCCGGCGAGAGGGGGGCGACCCCCGUGGACCGGCUCCCAACGCCGUCGCCAGCGCCGGACGGAACGGGAGAAUCCGCGCCGGGUUCGGCCGCGCCGUCGCCCGUCCUGCCCGCCGGGGGGACCGGGAGCGCCGGCGGCGAGGACCCCGCGGGCGACGCCGGCGCGGCGCAAGCGGAGGCGCCGGAUUGCGCCGAGGCCCGGCGGGAUACGACCGUCGCCGAUGCGGAGGAGCAGCCCGGCGCGGACGGGACGACGCAAGCGUCGACGGAGCAACCGCUAGAAGAGUCCGGUGAAGACGGCGCCGCCGCCGCCGCCGUCACCGGGGACCCGAGCACCACCUCUCCUAAGCCACCGUCCGGCACCGGCAGCCCCCAGGAUACGCUGGCGCCCGCUCUGCCCCUGCCCGGCUCCUUUCCUUUACUCACCCAGGAGCAGCUGGCGCUGCUGAGCCAGUCGACUCUGCCGGCGCUCGGCGGGCCGGCCGGGCUGCUCACCUCCCUGCAGCUGCCUCCGCUCCCCUUCCCGGGGCUGCUGCCGCCCGGCAGCGCCGGCGCCGGCCUCGCCGAGAGCCUCGGGCUGCUGUCGGCGCCGGCGGCGUUCUCCCUGCCGCCGCUGCCCGCCGGCGCCGACGCGGAGUCGCAAGCGGUGCAGCAGCUGCUCUUGCAGCUGGCGCUCACGGCGCAGCAGCACCAGCAGCAGCAGCAGCAGCUGGCGGCGCUGGUGGCGGCGCAGGGGCUCGGCGCGAUGCUGCUGAACCUGCCGUUCCCGGACGCGGGGGCGCCGUCGCCGCUCGGCGAGCACCCGUCGAGCCUGGCGAGCGCCAUCGCCGACACCGCCUUCCUCGCCAAUCUCACCGCCGCCGCGUCCAUGGAGGCUGCGGCGGCGGCGGCGGCCGGAAACUCUCUGCUGCUGUCGUUGCCGGCGCUCGUGACGCUGGGGCCGCAGCUCACGGCGGGGCUGCUCAACCCGCUGUGCGGCGGCGGCGGCGGCGGCGAAGCCGGCGCCGGCCACGCGCUGCCUCGGGAAGAAGCGGAGGCGCCAUCGGCGCGGCCCGCCGGUGACGUUCCGGCGAUUGCGCCUUUGGCGCGGUUGGAACUCGGCGAGACGUCGGCUUCGGAGGACGCCGCCGGCGCGGCGCCUGCGAGGCCCGCGCCGGCGCCGCACGACGGCCAACGGCGGCAAUCGGUCGCUUCCGCGCCGGCCCAGCAGCAGAACGAGCAAGGCGCCGGCAAGUUUGCGGCGCCGCACCUCGCCACAGCCGUCUGUUCUUUGCCGGCGACGGGGGGCACCGGCGAGGGGCUGGCGGAGGCGCCGCCGGGAGCCAUGCCGUCGCCCGUUGGGGUCGGCGAGGGGCUGCUGCUGCCGACGCCGGGCGGGAGAACGGCCACCGUGGCGCUGGGCGGUGGCGCCGGCGCAGAAAAGCUUCCGGCGUCGCUCGUGCCCCACCUGCUGAGCCCCCUGCUCACAUCAAGCCUCCUCGCCGACCUUCCAGCUCUGGCGAGCGCCGCUCUCUCCCAAGACCUGACGGCGCCACUGCUGCCGGGCUCCAUGCUGCUCCCCACGUGCCUCCUCAACCUGGUGAGUAGCCUGGUCGACGUGGGCCGAGCCGCGGAGGCGGCGACCGCGGACGGCGCCGCCGGUCGCGACUGUCCGAACGCCGCGCCGGCGGCCCCUCCGCCGCCCAGCCCGACGCGGCCCCGACCGGACCGGGACACCGGCGCCGAGGGCGGUGGGCCCACCGCCCCCGCGCCGUCGCCGUCGGGCAACGCCGCCGGCGCCGACCGGUCGCCGCCGCCUACGCCGGCGCCGGGCUACACGUCGCCGGCGCGAGCGUCGUCCCCUGCUCCUGCUGCUGCGGACCGCGAGUCUCCUCCUGUCCCGAGCGCCGGCGCCUCCGAGUCUGUCGUGACGUCACCGGCGGCUGCGCCGGAGACGGACGCCGGCGCCCCCCCAGGGUUUGGCACGGGCACGGUGGCGGGGUCGUGCGAGUUCCGGGAAUUGGCGCAGGCGGGAGACGCGCCGGAGGAACGCGGGAUGCCGAGCUGCUCGCCGGAGCGGCCGGCGCCGACGCCCGCCGGAUCGGGCGGCGGCACCGGCGCCGGGGAGGAAGCGCCGCAGGACACGUCGCAACCGGCGGACGCCGACUCCAACGGGAUUUUACCCCCGUGUGGAGCCGACGAGAGGGACGAGAGAGGCGGCGGUACCUGCGAAGGAGCCGGCGUCUCGCCGACAGAACCUGACGAGCGUUGGCGGAGCCGCGACGGCGCCGCGGAGCCGGUGCGCGAGGCGGCGGUCGCCGCCGCCCCUCCUUCCCCGGCCGGGACGCCGUCGCUGCCGCAAUCGCCGCCGGCGCUCGCCGAGCCGACGCCGCCGCCCGGCGAGACCGCCGCCGGGGCGUCGGCGCCGGCGGGCGGAGCGGACGCGGCUGGCGGAGAGGCGACCGUCGCUCUGUCGCCACGAGCUGCGGCGGCGACGCCGUCCGCCGACGAAAACCCGGCAAGCUGGCGCGACCCGCGAGGCGUCGAGGAGCGGAGCUCGUCGACGGCGGAGACGGGCCGCCCCUCCCCUCCGCCGGCGCCUCCCGCCAGCCCGCCGCCGUCCCCCCAGACGGCGGCGGCGCCAACCCCGCCGCCGGCCGAACCGUCGGAGGCGUCCGCGGCGCGCGAUGCCGACGACGGGGAGGGGGCGCUGGGCGCGGCGGCGCCGGCGCCGCCAGGCGAGGCGCCGGCGUUCCCGUGCAACGGCGAGCGCCCCGAGCCGGUGAACGGGUGCUCGCCGAGCCCCUCGGACACGCGCAGCCUCAGCGAGGACGAGGACGAGGACGGCGGCCGGGCGCCGGGAUCCCCGGCGCCCGCCGGGGGCGGCGACGCGGACGGCGAGGACGGCGAGGCCGGCGAGGCCGGCGAGAUGCACGACGCUCACUACGGGCCCCGCACGUUCAACCUGGGCGACCUGGUGUGGGGCCAGAUCAAGGGCUUCCCGUCGUGGCCCGGCAAGCUGGUGCGGCACGACGAGGUGCGCAGCGCCCACCCCACGCGCUCCGAGGACGGCAAGGUGUGGGUCAUGUGGUUCGGAGAUCACAGCUUCACGCAGGUGGAGCCCGAGAAGUUGAAGACUCUGUCCGAGGGGCUGGAGGCGCACCACCGCGCGCGCAAGCGAUACCGCAAGAGCCGGAAGCUGAACAGUAGCCUCGAGGCUGCCAUCCAGGAAGCCAUGACGGAACUGGACAAGAUGACAGAGGCUGCGGACGAGCAGCCGAAGGGGCGCUCGGACAAGACCCCCAAGGGAGCCAAGCGGCGGAAGAUAUCCAGAUGACCCUCGUUCACCUAGACCCGCCGAUCUCCGACCCCCUUGACCCGAGGGCACACCACACUACUUGAGCUUUUGACAUUCCGUUCCGCGGGGGGCGCGAACUCUGGGCUCCGGCCCCCUCUCUCGCGCAGCGGGCGCUAAGCGGCCGCCCUUCCAACCCGGUCCGUUCACUUCGACGGUGGCGCGACGCCUCCCCCUUCGUGCGACGGCACAAGGAUACGACAUCGCGGUCGCUUUGUCCGGUCGUGCCGUCGGUCGGGAAAGGCCGACCGCCGCCUUUUCGGCAGCCGCGGGCAAAAACGGUGGACACGAGAAGCCACGCCGGUCCUGCUGGCGCGUCCCCCGGCCUCGGUUUGACCGGCACCGCGCUGCCGCCCACCCUCUCCUCCGAUUGGCGCCACACGCGAACCGCUCCCCCCCCCCCCCCCCCCCCGCCCCCCCCACC